AUGGCUGCAGAAGGGCAAACGACUGGUACAGCACCAGGAGAGCGACAUGCGAUCGGUAUCAGCUUUGGCAACUCGAACAGUUCCAUCGCAUAUACGACUACAGAGGACAAGGCUGAAGUUAUUGCCAACGAAGAUGGAGAUCGUCAGAUUCCCUCCAUUCUAUCCUACGUUGACGGCGAAGAAUACAAUGGUCAACAAGCCAAGCAACAGCUUAUCAGAAAUAGCAAAAACACUGUCGCGUACUUCAGAGACUUUCUGGGGAAAGACUUCAAGUCGAUAGACCCAAGCCACUGCCAUGCCUCUGCCCACCCCAAAGAGUUCGAGUCCACAGUCGCAUUCGAGAUUCAAGACAAGGAGGGCGACGAGCGAUCAACGGUCACUGUCUCAGAGAUAACAACUCGGAACCUGAAGCGAUUAGCCCAGUCUGCGACUGAUUUCACUGGCAAGCAAGUCAAUUCCGCUGUCAUCACAGUCCCAACCGACUUCAGCGAGAAGCAGAAAGAAGCCCUGACGAAAGCAGCCAAUGAUGCUGGUCUCGAAGUCCUCCAACUCAUCCAUGAACCUAUUGCCGCACUUCUCGCAUACGAUGCCCGACCAGAGAGCAAGGUUUCGGACAAGACUGUCGUUGUUGCUGACUUGGGAGGAACUCGAUCUGACGUUGCUGUGAUCGCUUCUCGAGGAGGAAUGUACACCAUUCUAGCUACUGCACACGAUUACGAAUUCGCUGGUGUACAAAUGGAUAAAGUUCUCAUGGAUCACUUUGCAAAAGAGUUCAUCAAGUGGAACACAACCGAUCCUCGGGAAAAUGACCGCAGUCUGGCAAAAUUGAAGCUCGAGGCUGAGGCUACUAAGAAGGCGUUGAGCAUUGGGACUAAUGCCAAUUUCAGCGUUGAAAGUUUAGCAGAAGGUGCCGACUUCGCGUCUACAAUAAACAGACUGCGUUACGAAACCAUUGCCCGCAAGAUCUUCGAUGGCUUCAACCGCUUGAUUGAAGGUGUUGUGAAGAAGGCUGGUCUCGAUGUCCUUGAGAUUGACGAAGUCAUUCUGUCUGGAGGAACCUCGCAUACUCCCAAGAUUGCAUCAAACAUGCGAUCUAUCUUCGCCGAAUCCACCACCAUCCUUGCCCCCUCUACCACACCCACAGCUAUCAAUCCCUCCGAGCUCCAAGCAAGAGGCGCUGCUCUACAAGCAAGCUUGAUCCAGGAAUACGAGAAGGAGGAUAUCGAGCAAUCUACUCAUCCUGCUGUGACCACGGUUAAGCAUCUCAGCAACGCGAUUGGUGUUCUCUCUAUCACUGGAGAUGAGUCGAGGGGUGUUUUCACGCCUAUCAUUUCAGCAGAGACCGCUGUUCCCGCGAGACGUACAAUCCACAUCAAUUCGCCCAAAGACGGUGGUGACGUUUUGGUUAAGAUCGUAGAAGGUGGUUCGCAUAUCAAAGUCACAAAGCCGGAGCCGAAACCUAAGACGAAUGGCGAGAAGAACGACGGCGAAGAAGAUGAAGACGAGGAUGACAGCGAUGAUGACCCAGAAGAUGUUAGAGAAAAAGUCUGGAAAGUAGGAAAUGUGCUUGCGGAGGCAGCCGUGAAGGGCGUGAAGAAGGGUGGCAAGGUAGAGGUCAUGAUCAACGUUGCUGGAGAUCUUGCCGUCACUGUCACUUGUAGAGAAGUUGGUGGAAAGGGAGGUGUACGGGGUAAUCUGAGUGCGCCUUGA